GUUUACAAGUUGAGAUUUAGAGUUGCCGGUAGUUUAUUAAACAGAAAGUCAGGAUGUUCCCAAACUCGUUGGAAGAUCUGAUCAAUGAUGGAUGGUCAGCUGACAAACCUCUUUCUUUUUGGGCAAUUUACGAACCAUCGAUUCCAUCUUUUUCUCAGUUGUACCAUUGCCUUCGUCAUGAAAGAGAUUAUUUCAGUCGACGUCUUGCCUGAGAAAACCUCUAUCGAUGUUUAUGGCCCCUUGACCUCGGACGCACCUCCCCUUCUACUUCGAGGGACGGUUCGUCUGCAACUCGCUCGAACCGCUAAAUUCAAGGCACUAACUUUAAAGUUCAAAGGGUACCAUCAAAUCCUGGAAAAGUUUCCAGAGACGUCGGUAGUGGAUUCGUUGAGUACAGUUCAAGCUGACAUCUGCGAAACGCAAGUCACCCUCAUCAGCCCUAACUCCAGUGUCUCGGCCGGUCAGCAUGAAAUCCCAUUCUCAUUGAGCAUUCCUGGCAAUCUUCCACAGUCUUUCGAAAAUGCAAGCGGACAUUUGCGCUAUGAAUUCACCGUGACGGCCCGCGAAUCUUCCAACUGGCUCAACCUGGAAUCGCACAAAUACAAACGGCAGAUUCAAGUUCACCGGCAUUACAUUCCAAGCUUAGAAGAAGCACCGUUUCUUGACCCUCGAGUGACGUUCUCUAAGCGUCAGAGCCAUAUUUUCGAUAUACACUUGGAAUAUCCUAGCGUUGUACCUGUCGAGCAACAGGGCUUUUCCGCGUUUGGAAAUAUUGCCCCACUUGGUCGACGUGGUAUCCCCGCCAAAGUCAUUGCCACGCUGAAGCAAGUCAAAGAAACCAGGUAAGAGAUUCGUUGGUUGGCUUGAUUGGAUCCACUUCUUUACUAAAUCCCAUGCCAAUAGAAACUCAAGUAAAGAUCCCUCACGGCCGAACCGAACAGAAUGCCGAGUACCGUCCAAAUUGACUUCUGAAACCAUUUUAUAUGGUCCGCUGGAAUACGACUUUCAUACUGGACAAUCUGUAGAGCUUAAGCCAGAGCUCAGUAAAGCAGGGCAA